AUGCUUGUCCUCCUAAUACUAGCAAUCUUUGCUUUCGCGCAUCAAGUCGUUGGUACCGGCGAUUUCUCGACUCUUCCGGAACAGCUUUUUCUGGAUAUUGGAAUCCACGAAAUCGUUGACAACACCACAAGAGACGGCGAGCUCCUUGAACCAUGGGCCAGCGACUAUGUUGAUUCAACUCGCCAGAAAAGAUACGGAGACGCUAUCUGGGCACGCUACCACAUGUACGGAGAGGUGGAAGACGGGCUUGUCGGGUGGGCAGACAAUUUGACUGUGCUUGGUGUGAUCGAGGAAGAUGCGAUCGGGUACAGGGUGGGUCACCCUGACCUUUACGCCGAGGCUCUGUCUUUCUAUGCGGAAACCAGCAGCGAAGAUAGUCAUGCUACCGACGUGCUGGAUAUGCUUCAACGUAUUGGUCAGGAGGAUGCUAUCGAGCUUGAGAAACGAUCUACCGAGCUUGAGAAGCACAAGCAAUACUUUACCGGCUGCCCAUGUGCAGUAUAG